CGACAAUGCUGGGAAUAACACUAAAGUGCGUGAUUAAAAUGCACUGAGUAAUAGAUCUAUUCUAUACUUUGUCUAUGGUAAUAAGAAUUAUAUAGUAUUUGAACACAGACGUGUCGGACAAGUAUUAUUGUUAGUCUAAAUCAAUUUUGAAAAAAUAUUACAAAAUGUGAUGUUGUGAUCAAAAAUAUAUUCUUCCUAUAAUUUUCAUAAUUUGAUAUCGAUAUUCCCUCAUAUUAAGGAGGAUUUGAAAGAUUUUAAAUCAAAUAUAUUUUAGAAAAUGGCAAAUCCUCCUCCAAAUGUUGGUCAAUCAUAUUUUUGGAAUUCAGGAGUUUCUCAGCCACAAAAUAUGGGGUAUUAUCCUGUGCCACCCCCAAAUUUUCCACCUCCAAAUUUUAGACAACCACCACCUUCUUAUAAUAUGCCUGUUUCUACUUUGCCUGAAAAUAAAAGUGGAAAUUUUCCACCGUAUCAUUCUAUGGGAACAUGCUAUCAAAAUGAAGUCUCAAAUUCUUAUCACGAUGUUUCUUAUCAAACUCAAACAGAACUGCAGUAUAAUAAUCAAAAUUAUGCAUUAUCUAAUUAUUCUCAGUCUGUAAAUGGGAAUUUUAAUACAAAUUGGGAUGAUAUAAACGCAUAUCACAACAAUGAUAAUACAGAAUGGAAGUUUAAUAAUUAUUCAUCUGAUUGGUAUAAAUCACAAGAUAACAAAAGUUCUUGGUACGAAACAAAUAAAGCCCAAGAAGAUGAUAGAAAGUCAUUAUAUGUAAAAUAUAAUAAUUCCCCAAAAAAUAGAAACUUUGAAUGGAGAUAUAAAGAUAAAGAACCUUCCAAUAGUCAUCCAGUCAUUAAGAAACGUUCCAGGAGUCCUGAGAAUAGAUCAAGAGAGAGAUCAAGUAAAUCACCAUAUAGAUCAAGGCAUGAUUCUCAGAGAGAUAGGUAUUCAAAAUACAUAAAAAAUAGAUCGAUUUCUAGAGAGCGUUUACACUGUGAAGAAGAUUUUGAUAGGAAGUCAUUAUACAGAAAAAAUAAUUUAUAUGCAUCACGUUCUCAGAGAUAUACAAGUUACAGAAGUAGGAAAAGAUCCAGGUCUCAAGAGUCUUACUGUAGAACUACUAGUCCAAAUAACCCUCCUGUUAACAGGGACAGAACUGAAAGAGAAUUACUUCUAGAAAAAUAUAGGCAAGAUUAUUGUGCAACAAGCAAAGAUAUGGAAAGGAAAAUGGAUGAAUUAUCUGCAAUGGGACCUGAAGGUAUCAUGGAAAAUGCAAGAAAGGUAUGGACACGUACUGCACCAGCAGAUUUAUAUUAUAGUAGAGAUGACAACAAUCCAAAAAUAAUGAAUGGUACACCUAAAUUGCACGAGUUAUGUGAAUUAUUCAAGAAAGUAUUAUUGAAAAGAGCUGCAGCUGCAAGAGCUUUACAGCCUCCUUACGAACCACCUCCAAGAAAGACUAGAGCUCGUUUGUGUAGGCAUAAGUCUGAAGUUUGUAGUAGUUCUUCUUCUGACAGUGAUAGUUCGAUGGAUGAAGAUGAUAGAACAAUGGAAGAAUUAAUGGCAAAAAAGCAACAUCCACAAAGAUUACAUCCUGAAAUGUGGUUCAACGAUCCUGGAGAAAUGAAUGAUGGACCACUGUGUAGAUGUAGUGCAAAAUCAAGGAGAUCUGGUAUUAGACACGGAAUUUAUGCUGGGGAGGGUGCAAUAAAUAAAUGUGAUUUAAAUUCAAAUAAUGCUGAUAAAUUAUAUCAUUAUCGAAUAACAAUUAGCCCCCCAACAAAUUUUCUUACUAAAACACCAACAAUUAUUAAGCACGAUGAACAUGAAUUUAUAUUCGAAGGGUUCUCUAUGCUCUCACAUUUUCCUCUUGUAAAAUUGCCAACUUGUAAAGUAAUAAGAUUUAACAUUGAGUAUACAAUUCUUUACAUAGAUGAAAAGUUACCAGAAAAUUUUAUAAUUCAAGAAUUAGACUAUUUUCAAACAUAUUUGUUUAAGGAAAUAUUGGAACUUAUAGAUUUUGAUUUACAAGCCGCGCAAAAUAAAUCUGGUUGUGGUCAAUUUCAUUUUAUGCCAAGAUUCGUUCGUGACUUAGCCGAUAAUGGGCAAGAAAUAUUAUCCAUGAAUGAGGUUUUAAAUUAUUUAAUUAAAAGUAGUAAAUUGUUAAUAGAGCCAGAUGAUCUACCUAGGUUGGUGGAAAUGCCCCAAUAUAAAUGGCAAAAUUUUGCUGACGAGGUAAAGGGUAUGAUUGUUACAUAUCCUGGAAAGAAACCAUGUAGUGUUCGCGUAGAUCAAUUAGAUAGGAAUCAAACAGAUCAGCCGCCUGGUGUAAUUGCAUAUCCUGAAAUUGUACAUUUUGGAAUUAGACCACCACAACUUAGUUAUGCAGGAAAUGCAGAUUAUCAAAAAGCAUGGAGAGAUUACGUAAAAUUUCGUCAUUUAUUAGCGAACAUGCCAAAACCUUCAUUCGAAGAUAAAAGAAAGUUGGAAGCAAAAGAGAAUAAGCUUCAGGAGUUGAGAACCCAAAGCAAAAUGAAACGCGAUGUUACUGUUGAUGUUAGUUCUGAAGGAUUUUAUAGAACUGGAAUAAUGUGCGAUAUAGUGCAACAUGCAAUGUUAAUUCCAGUACUUGUUUGCCAUUUGAGAUUUCAUAAAUCUUUAGACAACUUAGAACGUACUUUAGGCUAUGAAUUUAAAAACAGAUAUCUUCUUCAGUUAGCUUUAACACAUCCUAGUUAUCGUGAAAAUUUUGGUACAAAUCCAGAUCACGCACGGAAUUCUUUGACUAAUUGUGGAAUAAGACAACCAGAAUAUGGUGAUCGUCGAAUACAUUACAUGAAUACUCGGAAACGUGGUAUUAAUACAUUAAUCAAUAUAAUGUCAAGAUUUGGUGCAAGAACUGAAACUGAAUCUUCGAUAGCGCACAACGAAAGAUUGGAAUUCUUAGGAGAUGCAGUAGUGGAAUUUCUCACAUCAAUUCAUUUAUUUCAUAUGUUUCCUGAUCUAGAAGAAGGUGGUUUGGCUACUUAUAGAGCAGCAAUUGUUCAAAAUCAACACCUUGCUGUAUUAGCAAAGAAAUUAAAUUUAGAGGAAUAUAUGCUCUAUGCACAUGGAAGUGAUCUCUGUCACGAUUUAGAAUUGCGACAUGCAAUGGCAAAUUGUUUUGAGGCAUUAAUGGGUUCAUUAUUUCUUGAUGGUGGUAUAGAAGUUGCCGAUAGAGUUUUUGGUGAAACACUUUUUAAAGACGAAGAUGAUCUUGCAAAAGUUUGGGUAAAUUACCCAAAACAUCCUCUGCAAGAGCAGGAACCAACAGGUGAUAGGCAAUGGAUACCAAGUUUUGAACUAUUGCAAAAAUUAACAAAAUUUGAAGAAUCCAUUGGUAUAGAGUUUACUCAUAUUCGUCUUUUAGCUAGAGCAUUUACUGAUCGCAGUAUAGGAUAUACGAAUUUAACAUUGGGCUCCAAUCAGCGUCUAGAAUUUUUAGGAGAUACUGUAUUACAAUUGAUAGUUUCUGAAUAUUUGUACAAAUAUUUUCCAGAACACCAUGAAGGGCAUUUAUCUUUACUACGAAGUUCUCUGGUAAAUAAUAAAACUCAAGCUGUAGUAUGUGACGAUUUGGGGAUGACUCAAUAUGCACUUUAUGGUAAUCCAAAGGCUGAAUUGAAAACAAAGGACAGAGCAGAUUUAUUGGAAGCGUUUUUAGGAGCUCUUUAUGUUGAUAAGGGUCUAGAAUAUUGUCGUGUUUUUUGUGAUGUAUGCUUCUUUCCACGUUUGCAAGAUUUUAUUAUGAAUCAAGAUUGGAAUGACCCAAAAAGCAAAUUGCAACAAUGUUGUUUAACAUUAAGAACAAUGGAUGGUGGAGAGCCUGAUAUUCCUGUAUACAAAGUAAUUGAAUGUAAAGGACCAACAAAUACAAGAGUUUAUACCGUUGCUGUAUACUUUCAAGGAAAACGUUUAGCAAAGGCAUCUGGUCAUAGUAUUCAAGAAGCAGAGAUGAACUCGGCAAAAGAAGCUUUAGAAAAAUCUCAAGAUUUGUUUCCACAACUAGAUCAUCAAAAACGGGUAAUAGCAAAGAGUAUGAAAAUGCAACAAUGGCCAACUAAACAUAAAACGAGGGGAAAAUCUAUGAAACCUAUAGAUAGGCAUGAUGAUUCAGAUUCCAGUCAACGAUCUAAGAGAAGUCGUAGUGAAGCAUAGCUAACAAUGAAAAUUAAUUUUCAAUGUAGUGCAAGGAUAUUUUGUAUUGAAUGUAUGUUUGAUGAAUAUAUAAUUGAUAACGGUAUCAAUUAUCACGAAGAUUAUAAUCUUUAAUAGUUAUUAAAAUAAAUGCUAUUAUAAUGUAAAAAAUAAUAAAUAUGUUUAUUUAAUAUUUAGUUAUUCAAUGAUAUUUAUAUCAUUGUUAGGUUCCAUUAAUGCAGGAUUUUUUUGAUGUAAUAUAUGCUCAUUCUGAUUUAUGACAUUUUGACACAUUUGUAUGUUGGUUACAAUGUUUUGUAGAGUCCAUUGCUUUGAUAACAAUGCAUGCUUUAUAUUAAAUAAACCAUCUUGUAUACAAAGUACUUGAGUACAAGUAGCAUUACUACGAAGCUUUAAUCCUAGAUCAUGAAUUAUGGCUUUUAAAUACAAAUCAGUUUCAUUUGUGCAAACAACUUCUAAUAUAAAUUCUGGAGGUGAAAAGUCUACACAUUUAAUUGUGUAUAUCAUAGGGAUAUUAGAAUCUGCUGGUCUAAGUAAUCCUUUAACUGCUAAUUCAUAUGCAGCUUGGCUUUGGAUAUCUACACCACACAACUCAAACAUUUUUCUUUGAUGUGUAGAUUGCAUUGAGCUACAUAACUUAUCAAGGUGACCACGUCUCACAUGUGCGUAUGUAGAUUUUUCUACUACUUUUCCAGUAUGAAAAUAAUUAUCUGUCGCUUCUCCUAAUAAUCCCUUUAUCUUGUAGAACCUUAAACUUUGAGAUGUUUUUAUUUUAUGUAUCAAUUGAUUACCUGCAUUGAUUCCACAAACCAAAAUGCCAGACACAUCUUUAUGCAUAAUUUUUGUAGCUCCCAUUCUAAAGUCAUUUGGUUGAUAACGAGGUCCUACUAGUAAUGGAUGAUCUGCAAAGCUAUUUCGAACAACAACUUUCAUAGGUUUAUUGGUUUCUCCUUCAAUAGCUACAUGUUUCAUUGGUGGUCUUGUAUGCAUAUCAUUUAAUUCUAAAAAAAUUGCUGAUCACUGUUUCUCUUAGAUUGUUGAAGUGUAAAGCUUGAGGUUUAUACAACGCAACUACACCAUUCAGUGCCUUGUAUAUUAUUUUUGCAUCAUCAACGUAUUUAGUUACUGUUCUUAUUGCUGACAUGUUAAAUGUUUAACAAUGAUAUAUAAUAGCAUUUAUUUUUACUUCAAUAACCAACACAAACCAAGGUGAAUCAUUUAUUUUUUAUGUGUUUACUUCAUAUUUUUAUUCUGUAUUUAAAGUCUAAACGCAUUAUUGCACACAGUGUAUGUACGUAUCUGCACGUGAUAUUUGUGAUCACACAUGAUUAAUUCACUAACUGUCUCUUCUUAGUGUUUGAAAUACAACAAGGACAUCUGUCGUGUGAUUUUAUAAAUGGCUAUUAGUUUGAAGAAUUUUGGAAUUGGAGUGUUUGGUAGCCGGCGUUUUAUUUUUAAAGCGGUAUUUUCAAAUAGUAGACAGCUUGUCACGAUGUCAGAAUCACUGAAUAAAGUACCCGAUGUGGAUAUCGAUGGUCAUGGAAGAUUUAAAUACAUUUUGAUCAACGUUUACGACGAACCCAAGAAUAUCAGCAAAUCCAUUGUCAGAGGUUAUGCUAGAGCUCAGUGGCACUGUGAGUACUAUAAAAUGUUUAUGAUUUUUCAUUGUUAUAUUUUUAUUGUGCUUUGCGUUUAACUAUUAUUACACACACAUAUAUAUAUAUGUAUGUAUAUAUGUAUGUAUAUAAAGGAGAAAGUUACAGGGUAUACAAAUAUUUUACACAAAAAUGUUAAGUGUUUGUAGGCUAAAGUUCCUAUGUAUAUUCUUAUAUAAUCAUAUUCACAUAAUUUAUUAUUUACAUUAAUAACAAUAGAAUUUGUACAAUUUUACAUACACAUAUAUUUUACAUGUACAAUAAAAUCCAUAAAUUAGGCAUGAAUUAUUAUAAAACAUGCCUCGGGAUUAAAUUAUUCUACCAAGGUACAGUAACAUUUGUAUUUUUUUUUUUUUUAAUUUGUUUAAUUACGUAGAACAUUCAUUUCACAAUUAAUAAAAGACAUCACAAGAUAA